CCAAAAGAUUUCAAUUUAGUUUCCUACUCUUAUCGCGCCUUUCUAUGUAUUUUGCCUUGUUUGCUGUAUGCUGCAAAAUCUUUUGCCAAAGGACAAAGCGCUACUCUUUUCCCUUAAUCUCUCUCACAAAUCCUCUGUUGCAUGUGAUUAUAUGCUGGUGAUUAACUUUAAACUUGAAUUGGUGUUGAAAUUUGGAGCACUUGCACUGUUUUUCAGAAGAUGAAUGUUUGCCAGAAGUGUGGGGAUAAAGGUGACGUGAAGCGUCUUGUAUACUGUGUCAAGUGUCGAGUUUCCUCCGAGCAUAGCUAUUGUAUUGAAAGAAAAGGUGAUGAAAAUGGCAUUUGGACUUGUGAGGAAUGUAGUUCAAGAAAAGCUAAGCCUAGUCCUAAUCCAUCAAUUAAAAGUGCUCGUAUUAGUCAAGCUGUUGAAAUCAGGUUGAAUAGGAUAAAGAUGCGGAAGCAGGCCAGUUUCACUGCAGUAAAAGCAGAGGCUUGUGCAGAUGCAGAAAGGUUGAUUAAUGCAAAGAAGCCUACAAGUGAUAGCCAGAAAGAGAAGAUAGAAAGGCUGCCAACUUCUUCCCAUAAUGUUGGAAAUGGCAAGUUCAAAAAAUUGAAGAGAAGGUUGGUCCUUGAAGAUUCCAGUUCUGAAGAGGAGUCUGAUUCUUUUGAACGCGCUGAAGUUGAUUCUUGUCAACUAGAUCCUGCCAUUAAUGCUCAUUCAUCGAACAUAUCAAGAGAAAUACCACAUUCAGAAGCCAGCAUAUAUGUACAUGCGCAGCCAAUCAUUGAUCCAAUUUGGAGGGGAACUUUGAGAAUCCAAAAUAAGGAAAACUCAAUUUCCUUUGGACUCAUGGCCCAUUUAUCAAGUAAAGCUUGCAUGCAAGUAGUGGAAGCAGCAAAAGCAUUGCCAAUGCGAUUGAAUGUAGCCAUUGUUUCUAGAUCCGAAGCAUGGCCCCAGAAGUUUCAGAUAGAAUCACCAACUGAUGGAAGUAUCGGUCUUUAUUUUUUCCCUCAACAUGAAAGGGAUGAAAAGCUUUUUGAUGACCUGAUGGAUAACCUAAUCAUUCAUGACCAAGCACUUAAGACAGCUAUAAACAACGUGGAACUGCUGAUCUUCUCUUCUCGUGAAUUACCUCCAGAACUUUGGCGUUUUUGCAAGAAAUACUAUUUAUGGGGAUUGUUUAAACCAAACAGCCAAAAAUGUCUUCAGAAGCAGUCGACUUUCUCACAAUAUAAAGGAAGUGAUCCUGUGAAGUGAAUAGCCAUGCCUUCUUUUCGAGCAUAAGUAAUAGAUUUGUGUCUGAUCCCAGGUGCUUUCCUUUAGAAUUCUUGCACGAGCUUUACAAUGCAAGAAGCAAAUGAUGAUAAAGCACUCAGAAGCAAAACCUAAGUCUAAAUCACAUUUCAUCAGAGAAAGGAAGAAGCUGUACAUUUGAACUUUGAAUUGGGAUUAGGGCUUCCAGUGAAUCAGAAUCAUAUGUGAUUCUUUCGAAGAAGGAAAUGUAAAAAAAUCUAAGGCCCUUAUGAUUUGAUUAUUAUAUACUGUCUAUCAAAGUAACUAUAGAUAUUAGAGCAUUUGCAUUAAAAUGCGAACAAAAUA